AUGGAGGGUAAGAAAACAGCAGGACGUCAAAAAAUUCCAUUAGAGAAAAUAAAAAAAGAAGCUAAUCGAUACGCAUCAUUUUCUAAACGUCGUUCAGGCUUAUAUAAAAAAGGCAGUGAACUUGUAAGAGAAUGUGGUGUCGAUCUUGGAAUAGUUCUUUCUUCUCCAACUGGUAAACCGUAUUCAUUUGUUCAUCCGACUAUUGAUGCAGUCAUUGAUCGUUUUAUAAAUCCCACCAAAGAAUUAGAUCUAGAUACUCAAGUUGUUGCUGCGGAGAUACGUAACAAUGUAAUUCAAAACAACGAUAGGCUAAAUGAAUUUGAUGCAAGAGAAAAAGCCGCAAAGAAAAAAAUGCGUUCUAUAGACCAAAUGAACGAGACUAGAACUGGAGGUUGGUGGGAGCCCAUGCACCAAUUCAAUGCAGAGGACAUAACCAGGUUUGAAGAUUUGUUAAAGACUGGUGAGGUUUUUCUGAAUGUCCAAUUGAAGAAGCUAGAAAAUGGAACUUCGUCUUCCCUACAAUCCCCACUAAAGGAUGCAGAUAACUGA